GCGGCAGAUACGCGGCGGACACGGACGGUUGCGCGGUGCUCGGAUUCUAAAAACCCAUACACACUCACACACACAUGCAUACAUCUCUUACAACUACACACGUACUCACACAACAACAACAACAAUAAUAGCAACCAAAAAGAAGCAAAGCCCAAAAAAUAAUACAAAUUGCAAUAAAAAACAACGGAAUUUAUUCUUGAAUUUUGCGUGUGCAAAACAACAACAACAACAAGAAAAAUUAAACAAAAUGCGAUUGGAAUUUUAAAAUGCUGUAAAUAAAACAACAAAAUUUUCAUGGAAGGAGAGCGGCAACGGCUGCAAGUGUGUAAAAAUAAUUGUGCCUUAAAAAUUGCAGAAAUUUAAGAAAAAUUUGUUUACAAAUGCAAUUAAAGUUAAAAAGUUUAGCUCUAAAAAUGAAAAUGUGGUGCCUUGGAACUAUUUUAAUGUUUUAUGCGUAAAUUGAGCAAAUAACAAAAGGAAGUGAUUCUUCAAAAAAAAAAAACAACAAGAAAGUGUGUUACAAAAUUUUCGCAAACUCAAAAUUGGAUUCCACACUUGCACUUAAUUGGCCAACAAAUCGGAUUACUUUUCUGAUUCUGUCCUCUCUGCACUAACUACCCAUAUAAAUAUACAUACAUAUAUUUAUAUAAAUAUAAUAUUUUUUCGGUUGUGGAAGGGUAACCCUAAAAACUCGUCAAAUUGGAUUACACAAACUUUUGGCUACUCCAGUCACUCUUGGAAAGGUACAACACUGACCAAGGAGCUAUGGACCAGCAAUUCUGUUUACGCUGGAACAAUCAUCCGACAAAUCUAACCGGCGUGCUCACCUCACUGCUGCAGCGUGAGGCGCUAUGCGAUGUCACACUCGCCUGCGAGGGUGAAACAGUCAAGGCACAUCAGACCAUAUUGUCAGCAUGCAGUCCAUAUUUCGAGACGAUUUUCCUUCAGAAUCAACAUCCACAUCCCAUCAUCUACUUGAAAGAUGUCAGAUACUCAGAGAUGCGCUCCCUGCUCGACUUCAUGUACAAGGGCGAGGUGAAUGUGGGCCAGAGUUCGCUGCCCAUGUUUCUGAAAACCGCCGAAAGUCUGCAGGUGCGCGGUCUCACAGAUAACAACAAUCUGAAUUACCGUUCGGAUUGCGACAAACUGCGCGACUCCGCAGCCAGCUCGCCCACAGGACGACCCAACUACAGCGGACUGGGCGUGGGUGGCGGUGUCGGUGUCGGCGGCGGCGGCAUCGGUGGCGGCGACACUGUUCGAGAAUCGAGGGAAUCGCUGCGCUCCCGCUGUGAACGCGAGCUGCGCGACGAGUUGACGGCAGCGGCGCACUCUCAGCGCAGCAGCAGCAGUCUGAGCGAGCGUAGCUCGGCGGCCGCAGCCGUGGCUGCUGCUGCGGUGGCCGCUGCUGGCGGCAAUGUAAACGCAGCCGCUGUUGCGUUGGGUCUGGCGCCCAGCGCCGGCGAACGAUCUCCAAGUGUGGGCAGCGCCAGUGCAGCGGCCGUGGCGGCUGCAGUUGCUGCGGCUGCGAACCGCAGCGCCAGCGCCGAUGCGUUAAAUAGUCGUGGGGAUCGCGGCGACGCCUGCAGCGAUCGUGGCAGCGAACGCGGCACUCUGGAGCGUGCCGACAGUCGUGAUGAGCUCUUGCAGUUGGAUUAUAGCAACAAGGACAACAACAACAGUAAUAAUAGCAGCAGCAACAACAACAAUAACAAUAGCAGCAGCAACAACAACAACAACAACAGAGAGCGCAACAACAGCAGAGAGCGUGAGAGAGAGCAAUCGAGCACGCCGGUGGAGCAUCUAAGUAGUAGUAAGCGCAGACGUAAGAACUCAUCCAACUGUGAUAAUUCGUUGACCUCGACGCACCACGCGAAUGCGGCCCAUGUACAGGACAGGCACUAUUCGCAGCAGGACUCUCAGGCCACCGCACACAGCAACUUCAAGUCGAGUCCCGUGCCAAAAGCUGGCGGCAGCACCUCAGAGAGCGAGGAUGCGGGCGGCAGGCGCGAGUCGCCUCUAUCUAUGGUAGCGAGUCAUCUGGUCAGUGGCGGCAAUGUGGGCGCGGCCAGCGCGCUCAGUGGUCUCAGUCAGUCGCUAAGUAUUAAGCAGGAACUGAUGGAUGCCCAGCAACAACAACAGCAGCGUGAGCAUCACGUUGGCUUGCCACCCGAAUACUUGUCGAGCGCCGCUGCUCUGAAAUUGCACGCCGAGGAUAUGUCCACGUUGCUCUCACAGCAUGCCCUGCAAGGAGCUGACACGAGGGAGGAGCACAACGAUGCCAAGCAAAUGCCACUCGACCAGACCGACAAUAUUGACGGUCGCGUUAAAUGUUUUAACAAUAAUCACUUAGAUGGCGCCAAUGGGAAUGGUAACGAAAACGAUGGCGAUAUGGAUGGUGAGGACGAGGAUAUGGGCAUGAGCAAUCAGCUGCUGGAGCAUGAGCUGGGGGCCUAUCAUUCUGGUGUGCCCAAAUAUCGCCGCGCUGUGGUCUAUGCCCCAACCCAACCCAGCGACGAAUCAGCCAACCCAGCCGAUAUGUAUCUAGAUAACAAUUACAAUUGCGAGUACAAGUGCAAGGAGCUGAAUAUGCGUGCCAUACGCUGCAAUCAUCGUCAGCAGCAACAGCAACAGCCAUCAUCAGCGCAUCAUCAUGCGCCUUUGCAUCCGCAACAUUUGCCGCCACCGCAUGUGGCAACUGCGGCGCAGACAGCUCUUAAUUUGGGCCGUCAUGGCGAGUCCUUGUGCGCUGCCGAGGCCGCCUAUUCGCCCGCCACAGGCACCACUCAUCCACAUCUAAGCUACGCGGCCGUCCAGCAAUCGCCCACGGGCAGCAACUCUCAACAGCAGCAAAGCCACCACCAGCUGGAGUUGGCCCAUAGUCAUGGCCAUGGCUAUGGUGGCCAUCAUGCUCAUCAUGCGCGCUCCAACACCCCGCACUACCAACGCGCCACCUCACCACUCUCCCCCCAGCCCACCUCAUCAUCGUCCGCAUCGGCUAGCAGCUCGUCCGCUGCGGCAGCUGCGGCCGCAGCAGCAGCGGCAAAUCGACGGGAUCACAAUAUCGAUUACUCAACACUGUUUGUGCAGUUAUCGGGCACUUUGCCGACACUGUACCGAUGUGUCAGCUGCAACAAGAUCGUCUCGAAUCGCUGGCAUCACGCCAACAUACAUCGGCCGCAGAGUCACGAGUGUCCCGUCUGUGGUCAGAAGUUUACGCGACGCGACAAUAUGAAGGCCCAUUGCAAGAUCAAGCAUGCCGAUAUCAAAGAUCGCUUCUUCAGUCAUUAUGUACAUAUGUGAUCACUUCUCUAGAUAAAUACGCGUACUUAGUAGGAAUCCACACCAUACCGCAGAUACGUACUUUUUCUUUGAUGCGUGUCGAAAACAGUUUUAGAAAACUUUUAAUGUUAUACGAUUCUUAGAACUAGGCCUUACACGAGUAGUUUUAUUCCUUAAAUAAUGUCCACCAACUCUUCAGAGCUCUAAAAGCAAACAAUUAUAUACAUAUACUUACAUAUAUAGUAUAUAUAUAUAUAUAUUCAAUUUAUUCGUAUUUGUAUUUAAAUAACUUUUCAAAAGCUCUCAUUAUACAACAACCUAGUCAUGUGAACUGGGCUGCUAAUUAGGCUACGUUUACACGCCCGUUGACAAUUGUCAAUAGUUGACGGCACAUUUGAAACAUUAGACGUGUAAACUAGGAACUUAAACACCAUUGCACUGUUUAAUUAAUAUUGAAUGAAUUUUUCCUGUGCAAUCAAAUCAAAUCAAAUCUUAAAACGAAACGGUUUUCAAUUCAACAAGUAAUAUUAAUCCCAAAUCAAAUGAAUAUUAUACACAUAUUUAACAUACUUAUAUUAAACGGCAAAACGAAAAGAACAAAAGUUGUAUGUUGCAAAGACAGCAGCCAUUUUAAGCAAAAUCAAAAUAUUUUAUUACAUCGUACGAAUAUCUAGUUAACUUAAAGACUUUAUAUAUUAUUGUUAUUAAUAACCUUUAGACGCUUUUUCCAUUGAGACCGGCACUCAGAAACCAACCAACAAACAAACAACAAAUAUCAAAAGUAUUACACUUAGAAUUCCAAUUUUACUUCCAAUCAAUGUUUAUUUUUAUGUUUAUUUAUAACAUUUACCAUGUGCUGUAGUGAACUAAAUUUGUUUGUUUGUUGUUGUUUAUUUCUUUCAACUUUUGUUAGCAAAAGAUUUCUAGAAAAUAAUUAAUAGCUUAGAAAACUAUCAAGCAAUAGCAAAGCGCACUCAGAAAAUAGCGACGAAAGCUGAAAAUUAAGAUGAAAAAUUCCUUAAUAUUUUAUUGACAUGAAAAAAGAAGUACAGAAUACCAGAAAUGUACUGAUUUAUUCAAACA